AUGAGGAAAGUGGGAAAACCCACACUCCGAAGGUCGGCCGAGAGGUGGGGGGACCCGCGCCCCCGGCCGCCUCCCCCCGCAAGGGGAGACGCCACCCCGCGUGCCGGCCUUCGGAGGCGGCCCAGGCGCCCGGGCUCGACCCGGCCUCCGCGCGGAGGGCCACGCGGCGCGCGCCGGACCGCGGGGGCAAGGCGGCCCGCCCGGCCUCGCUUUCACGGGACGACGCAAGCACGGCACGCGGCCGCGGGGCACGGCCGCCGGCCCCCGCACGCGCCGGCUCCCCUUGGCCGCUCCGCGGGGCUCGCGGAGCGCCGCCGCGCCGCCGCGCGGCCGGCUCUCCCCCCAGCGGGGCCCCUAGGACGCUCGAGACGGCACGCGACGACCACCGCCCCACCGGCGCGCCCUCCCGCCGGACCGCUUCUCCCGCCCGGCGGGCGAGCGUCCGGCGGACGCGCUCCGCCACCGGCGCCGGAGGCGGACGCUACCGAGAGCCGAGCCGGCGUCGCGAGCGCCCGAGGCCUGCCGGACGACAGACCCGCCGCCACCGGGACCGCACUCCCGAGGCCGCCGCCGCCGCGCCGCACCGUCGGGGCCCCUUACCGCGGGCACGCGCCCGGCGGAAGGCGUACGGCGCUGAGCCGGGGGGACACGCCCGCUCUCCACGUUUCCACGCGGAGAGCGGGCGGGGGAGCGCCCCCACGGCCGCCCGCACGCCUUCCCUUCGGCCCACACGCGGCCGGGAAGGGCGACGGGGACGCGACGGGCAGGGCCCGGGACGGGACCGCCGCCGGCGACGGCGGGCGCCUUCCGGCCGACCGCCCCCGCAGGGGGGACACCCGCCGAGCAGCGACGCCGCCGCUCGGCAAACGGGGUCGCCCGCGCUCGCGGGCCCCCGCCGACGGAGGGCCCGCCGAGCGCUCGCCCCCCGGGCGGGCGGUCCGGCGAGGGGGCGGCCGGCGGCCGGCGCCGCCGGUGCCUUCGAGGAGCAAGGCCGUCGAGGGGAGAGAGGCACGGCCGCGCCGCGGACGCGGCGCCGCGCCCGCGAGAGACCGCGGCGACGGCCAAGGAGAGAGCGCGGCGGGCCCCGGCGGCCGCAACCCCGCGGCCGAGGAAGGGCGGAGAGCGGGCGCUCUCCGCCGGCGUCGCCCGCUACGACGAGGCGAGCGGGUCGGCCCCGCGGCCGACCACGCGCCGCGGCCCCUCCGCCGAGGCCGGGCCGCGGAGAGGGGGGGGCAGGGCGCCCCUCCCCGGCGCGGCGCGGUGACCCGCACGCGCGCGCGCGCGCCGGCGGCGGGACGACGAAGGCGACGGCGGGCGCGGCCGGUGGCGACGGACACCACCGCAGGGGAUCAGCGGGAGCGACUCCCCACCCCUCAGUGGCGCCGCGCCACCGCCCGACGCACCUGCCGCCGCCGCCGCCGGCGCCGCCGCCGCCGCGCCGCCGCCACGCGCGGGGCGCGCCGAGCCGCCCGAGUCUUUAAACCGCCGCCCGGCUUCGCCGGCCCUUUCGGCCCCCCGCAGCGUUUGACGACGCCGAGGGCAGCCUGGGGACCGCCGAGGCGCGGAGCGCUAGGUACCUGGCCCUGGGGCGAGGGAAACGACCUGCAUGGCCCCGCCGGGGUGCCUCCCCCGCUGCCGCCCUCGGGGGAGCGUCCACCGGCGGGGGCGCGCCCGACGUCUGCCGCCACCGCCGCGGCGUCCUUCUCGGGGCCCGGGGUUUCCCUCAGUAACCCGGCGCUGCGCCCGAGAGGACGGCCGCGGCUCGGGCCGCCCCGCCGGCGCGGGGACGCGGCCCGACCGCCCAGCAACUCGGCCGACCCCGCCGAGGGGCCGCGGCGGCGGACGGGGCGCCCGACGCCACGACCGCCGCCGCCGCGAACCCCCGCGGCGGCGGGUCGCACGCGCGGUGAGACGCGCGCGCCCCAAAGCGCGGCCCGGAACGCCCGGAGGCGGAAAGCCCCGGCUCCCCGGUGCGGGAAGGGCCGGAGGAGCCGCCUCCUCCGAGCCCAGAAGGCGCGCCCGGCCACCCGGCCCCUCGCCAUUCCCACAUCGGCCGCCGACAGGCGCGACGGCCGGACGGCCGGCCGUCGCUCGACGGGCGAAGCAGCGAGGGGCGGGGCGGGCGCGCCUCCGGGAGGGGGCCGUGCCGCGCACCCCUCCCUCCCGGCACCCGGGCGGCCCCUGGGCGCGCGCGCGCCGAAGAGAGCCGGGCUCGGGAGAACUCGGGCCCCGCCGGGGCGCCCGCGCGCCGGCGUGCGCACCAGCGGACCGGCGUUCGGCGGCGCCGGCCGCGGCGGCGAGAGGCUCGGGGCCGGCCGCCCCCCCGGCUCUCCGGCGGGGGACGGCCCGACGGCAGACCGGCGCGAGGGGAAGCGGGGAGGAGGAAAGGCGCCGCGGCGACGGCGGCGAGGGCGCCGCGCUUCGAAGCCCGGCCGCGACGCGCGGUCUAGCGCGGGGAGAGCCCCGCCCGCGCGCACGGUGACGGGCGCGACGCCGGCGCCCUCGGCCGCGCCGGCCGCCUUCCUCCGCCCCGGCCUUCCCCCCGGAGGUGCCGCGCGCCCCCUUCUCUCUCGCUCUCCGGGGCCUGCGGCGCGCGGCGGCGCGGCGGCCCGGCCCAACGGCCGCCGCGCCUUCGGGAAGGGCGUGUGGCCCCCCGGGGCCGGCCGAGGCCGGCGGGCCGGGGGGCCGAGCGUGCGAACGGAGCGGGGGCCCCGCGAGAGGGUCCCGCCCCCAACCGAUAGUCAAGUUCGACCGUCUUCUCGACGCUCCGGCAGGGCCGUGGCCGACCCCGCCGGGGCCGAUCCGAGGACCUCACUAAACCAUCCAAUCGACAUGCAUGGCUUAAGCUUUGAGACAAGCAUAUGCUACUGGCAGGAUCAACCAGGUAGCCGCCACCCACGGCGGCGCCGCGGCGCGGCGCGCGAGCCCCCGGACGCCCGGCCCGCCGGCGAACGCCCCGCCAACCCUGACCGCCCCGGCUCUUUCACCGCUCCGACCCGCGGGAGCGGCAUCGCGGACGCGACGGUGGCGGCAUGGCGGCGACGGGCGCCGGCGGCGGCGGCCGGCGGCAUCGCGGCCCGGCGGCGCCUGGGGCGGGGAACGGCGCGCCGCGCGCGGGGGCCUGCCCCCCCCCCCAACUCCCGCCGCGCGGCGGGGAGGCGAGGGACGAACCCCCGGCGACGGCCGACCCCGGCGGCCGGCCCUUCCCGCGACGCCGCGGGCAAGGAGCCGGGACCGCUGCGCAGCUGUCGGGAUUGCGGGACGAGCGCGAGGCUCGAUCUCUCUCUCUCUCUCUCUGGGCUCGCUCGCUUUCGGUUCCCUCUCUCUGGGCUUCUUUCUCUUGCCGGGGCACCCGCGCCCCGCUCGAGACUCGGCCUCGCGCUCGGAAGGCACACGCGCGCGGCGCGCGGGACGGGGCUCGGCCGGGGCUGA